GAAUGGGAACGUCUUCUAGAGGGUGAGUAUUAUAGGUUUUUUGAAAAAGGAUUUAGUGGAUGUUGGCUGGAUAUUAAAAAAAAAAACAAGUACAUGCACCAUAUUAUCGGAUUGUGCAAAACUGAAAUUUGUUUAGUCGUCAAUACAAGCAGAAACUACUAAAUUCCUUCGAUGUUUUGAAAAUUAUUUUGUUACAUAUGUUAAAUCGGAAGAAACUAUUCAACUAGGAUUUUGAUGUGAUUUACAUUAAAAUGAUAAAUUUAUUAUUAUUCAAACGUGAGUUUAAAAAAUAUUUUAAAAUUUAAUGUUAUUGACUUUGUUAUUUAAUAAAAUAUUAUAAAAUUUAUUAUUAUUUAAUAAAAUUUAAACUGUAGAUUUUAGAGCUUUUAAGCAUUUGUAGUGUUUAAGAAUAAUUUCUUGAUUAUUAAAAUACAAAUUAAAACCUCGUAAUUUAAGAUAAGAUUUUAAAAUAGUUUAACAAAAACCAAACCAAAUUCUCAAACUCAUUUAUGAACAAAAUUUCAAAAUAAUUUAACAAAAAUCAAAACCAAAUUAGAGUUUUUGAAUGAAGCCAAAAUCGUUUAUGAACAAAAUUUAGAGGGGUGUAUUCAAUAUAAUAUUUGAGUUGAUUUGAUUUUUAAUGAAUUUUUAGAUGAUUUUAAUAAGUUACAGAGAUUUAGGUGAUUUUUGUUAAAGUACUCUAUAAUAUAAACUAAAUCAUGGGAUUUGAGUUUUAAUUUUUUUACUAAAUUUUAAUUUUUUUUACUAAGAAACUCAAUCCAAACACUCUAAAGUCAUCUGAAAACUUCAAAAUUCCAAAAUUAAAACUAUUUUCAAUAACAGUGGAUUUUAAAAGUAUUAUAUGAAAUGUUAAGUUAAAUAACAGUGAAUUUUAAAUGAGUUUUUAAAAUUUAUGUUUGAAUAACAGUGAAUUUGUCAUUUUAAUUAAUACAAAUCACCUAAAACUCUCAGUUGAAUACACCCCCUUAUUUUUUCAUUACUACUACUAAUGUAUAACAAGUAACAACACUAUUGUUAAAAUGCCUUAAUGGUUUUUUGGUUCUAUUUAUAGUGGCUGAGUUAUUUAGUUAUAAUUUCUAAUAUAAUACAUAUUUUUACCGUAUCAACAAGUUGGUUUAAUGUAUUCAUUGGCACAUGUGAAGGAUAUCUGGAAACUAAGAGAGUAUUUAAACUAAAAUUUUAAAUCAAUCUAUAGGUUUAUUAUUAUUAAAUAUAUAAGACAAAAAUAAUUUAGUAAGAGAUAUGCAAUAUGUUUAGCAAUCAAAAGUUUUAUAGAAAAAUCUCUUAAUACCUUACUUAAUUUCUUUUGGGCAACAACACUUUAUACCACGAGCAGUAAUUUACUGUUUUUAAAUUUUCAAAUAUUUUUAAUUUAUUUUUUGAUGUUAUUUAAUAAAUAAAGAAAUUCGACACAAUGCAAUAAAUUUUUGAAGAAAAAAUAUUUUUUUCUUUUUUCAAAAAAAAAAAAAAAAAUCUUUUCUUAAUAUGAUAUCAAAAAGAUUUGUUUCCUAAUAAGAAAAUUUGUCUUAAUGACUUCCCGCUUUUAACCAUAAUGCAUCAAAAUUAUUUAGUAUUAAUUUGUUUUCUAUGGGUUUUCAUGUAAUACAAGGCUGGUUUAUAUCAUUUUCUAACUGUACUUAUAAAUACAUCAAAAUUAUUUAGUAUUUACUAUUACUCUCUGUCUCUAUCUCUUACCCAACUCUAUAUAUAGUUUCUCUUUCUUGGUUUUUCUUAUCAUCGAACUUUCUUUUCAUCUCCUCUCUCUAUUCUCUCGCCCUCUCGCUCUCAGUCUUCAGACCAGAAACAAAGAUACAGUCAGUGUCUCAAAAUACCAUGGUUUCUCUGCUUACAAUGUCGAUGAGUGGUGCUCAAACAUGGCCUCAGGCCCAUACUGAUUUAGGCUUUGGGCCCAUCAAAAGACAGCCGAAGAUUAAAUGCACGGUGCAUAUCGACGUAACGGAAUUACCCUUGAAACGGCCUUCAUUCACACCCAGAACCACCGCGACGCCACCGCGGCAUAAUCCUCUCCGGCUAAACAUUUUCCAGAAAGCGGCGGCGAUUGCGAUCGAUGCGGCUGAGCGCGUUUUAAUCUCACGUGAGCAAGAUACUCCUCUUCCCAAAACCGCUGAUCCACGUAUUCAAAUCGCCGGGAAUUAUUUUCCGGUACCGGAGUUUCCCGUCCGAGAGUGUCUCGACGUUGAAGGAACAAUCCCUGACUGCAUUGACGGAGUUUAUGUCCGUAACGGCGCAAAUCCGAUGUUCGAGCCUAUCGCUGGGCAUCAUUUAUUCGACGGAGACGGAAUGGUUCACGCCGUUAAAAUAACUAACGGUUCAGCAAGCUACGCAUGCCGGUUUACUAAAACCGAGAGAUUGAUUCAAGAAAAACGAUUGGGUCGACCGGUUUUUCCGAAAGCAAUCGGCGAGCUUCACGGCCACUCGGGAAUCGCACGUCUGAUGCUUUUUUACGCACGUGGGCUUUGCGGUCUCGUCAACAAUCAAAACGGCGUCGGAGUAGCAAACGCCGGUUUGGUUUACUUCAAUAACCGGCUUUUAGCAAUGUCAGAAGACGAUUUACCGUACCAACUAAAAAUAACUCAAACCGGCGAUCUCCAAACCGUUGGGCGUUACGAUUUCGACGGCCAGCUAAAAUCAUCGAUGAUCGCCCACCCGAAACUCGACCCGGUUACAAAGGAGCUCCACGCGCUAAGCUACGACGUCGUUAAGAAGCCUUACCUGAAAUACUUCAGAUUCUCGCCGGACGGCGUCAAAUCACCGGAGCUGGAGAUCCCGCUCGAGACUCCGACGAUGAUUCACGAUUUCGCUAUAACGGAGAAUUUCGUGGUGAUUCCGGAUCAGCAAGUCGUGUUUAAGCUAGGGGAGAUGAUCGCCGGAAACUCUCCGGUGAUUUUCGACGGCGAAAAGGUUUCGCGAUUGGGGAUAAUGCCGAAAGACGCGACGGAGGCUUCCGAGAUAAUCUGGGUGAAUUCGCCGGAGACAUUCUGUUUCCAUCUCUGGAACGCGUGGGAAUCGCCGGAGACGGAGGAAGUGGUGGUGAUCGGGUCGUGUAUGUCGCCGGCGGAUUCUAUCUUCAACGAGAGAGACGAGAGCUUGAGAAGCGUCUUGACAGAGAUCAGGAUAAACCUCAGGACGCGUGAAGCCACGCGACGCGCGUUGCUGGACGACGAUGUGAAUUUAGAAAUCGGUAUGGUUAACCGGAACCGGUUAGGUAGAAAAACCCGGUUCGCAUUUCUGGCUAUCGCUGAUCCUUGGCCAAAAGUUUCCGGUUUCGCUAAGGUUGAUCUUUUCACCGGAGAAAUCGAAAAGUACAUUUACGGCGGCGAGAAGUACGGUGGAGAACCGUUUUUCUUGCCCAGUGGCUCCUUUGACGGUAACGGAGGAGAAAAUGAAGAUGACGGCUAUAUAUUCUCUCACGUUCACGACGAAGAGAAAGAGACGUCCGAACUUCAGAUUAUUAACGCCGUUAAUUUAAAGCUUGAAGCUACGAUUAAACUACCGUCUAGAGUACCGUACGGGUUUCAUGGUACAUUUGUGGAUUCAAGUGAACUCGUGGAUCAAUCAUUAUAAUUAUUGUACUUGUUAAUGAUUUUAAAAAGUAGAUGAUAUAGGUUAAGAUUCUAACAAUUUGUACCAGUUUUAUAACGAAUGGUUAGAUUGUGGAUUGCCUUUUGUCUGGACGUGAUACAAUUCAAAAUAAACAUAUAUAUGAAACAAGAAUGAAAAACCAGCUGCAUGCAUUUUCAUCAUACAAACAUUGGUUGCAUGUGAUGCGAUUGAUGCUAAUAUGCGAUAUGGCAAUUACUCUGCGAAUAUGCAAUUCGGUGGCUUUUAAAACUUAACGUUGUUAUAACUAAUAUGUUCUUUUAACGACAGAGAUGUCACAAAUUCUGCAACUUAUAUAUGAUAUAUACAUGUCACAGUUAACUUAUGUUAAGUAAUUGUAUAUAAGAACUAAAUCCCGUUUUCAAAUUAUAAUAAAGAACAAACCGAACAGAAUAGCAGUGAGUUGCUAGAUAAUGGAGUGCCGUGUUUGGUGAUAUAAAUUUAAUCCAUUUACAUAAGAAUUUCUUUAUCUUAUAUUAUGUAAUAUAAACUCCGAAUAUUUAUAUGAUUCCUGAGUAGGAUCAUUUGCGUUCAUGUUCAUGCAUGCGUUGACUCUUGUAUGAAUAGGAAUAUAAAAACUUAGCUUUAUCACUAUAAAAGAUGACUAGCGCAAUGACGAAACAGUAGAAAUGACGAUCUUAAAAAUCAAAUGCAGAUUUCUCGUACGUAUAUAUAUAUGCAUAAAACACCCGAAACCAGCAAAAGAGCUGUUGAAAUAAUCCAUAGAUUUUGAACAUUAUAUAUGAUGGGCAAGAAAUUCGUGGUAUUAAGCGAAUCCACCUAUGAAUCAUGUAUAGAUAGUUGGUAUUAUACAGUCAAUAUGUUGUAAAAGCGUGUAAGUGUAAACUCGGUAUGUAUGUACGUAUAUAUAUAUGUCUAGAUAUACGGAUGCAAACGGUGGGAUUGUCAGAUGAAUGUAUGAUGGUGAUGUCAUGGACCUCAUGUUGUUUACAAACGUUGCAUGGUUAAUGCAACCACGUUGUAACAUUUUUCGUUUUCAUCCAAAUUAUUUGGACCAAAUUAAAUUGUUGUUAUCUCUUUGAUGGUCGUCAUCCAAAACAAAUAGUCGAAGGUCAACCAUAUAUUAAGUUCAUCAGUUCUGUUCCGUUCCAUAUAUAUAUACAAAUUAGAAACGUCUGGAAACUGUUAUUGAAGCAAAAAUAAUGAUAACUGUUCUAAUUUAUACAGAUAUAUCAAAGUUUAUAAUCAUUUGAAUUUGAUAUCGGUGAAUGGCUAGGCUGGAUAGUAUAGCCGAGCCAGAAAAAAUGAUACUACAGUAGUGAAAAUAAUCUAACCAUGUUUGAAGUAACUAUCUCGGUCCUGUACUCUGUAGUCUCCUCGGGUCGGAGACUAGCUAGAUUAUUAUAUGUAAGAAUAUCUAGCGGGAUGGGAUCAAUCAUCAAUGUUAGGCUAGUCCAGAGUUGAAGUGUCUAACGAAAAAAAAAGAAAAGCAAACCAAAUAUCAAUCCGAUUAAAUUGAUUUUGUACCCUUCGCUCAAUGAGAAAAUGGAUCAGAUUCUGUAGGAUCAAACCUAUGGGACUUAAGAAUGAUGGAAGGCUGCAGAAUGCUCGUGCUAACGCUUCCAUACGACACAAAUUACAUGAAUGUAGGGAUUUUUGUUUGGCAGCACAUAAUGUAUAGGAAGUGUGCUUAAAUAAAAUGGAAAAAACUUGUCGUGGCCUCAACUUGUAUAUAUAGUUCUCUACUAAAAUCUUACUAAACUUCUCUGGGUCUUCUUCAGUCAUGGUGACUGUUUUGAGUCUUCUUUACCAAAACUUUACAAGUCAAAAAGCCCAACGAGAAUUUCUCCUAAAUCACAGAAUGUUAACCCGUUUGACAAAACUUUAUUCGAUUCAAAAACGUUUUUACAAUGAAUGCAGCUCUAUUCAAAAAUCUACUAGGCUAACCACUAAAGAUUA